AUGGCAUUCAAACUCAUUGCUCUUGCUGCCUUUGUGGCUGUCGCCAAUGCCGGUCUUGUACCUUUGACACACGUGAGCUAUCAAACUGCACCGGUUGCCUACGCCGCCCCUUUGGCAAGUGCAGUCGUCUCUAAAACUGUCGAAGAUUACGACCAUCACCCCCAAUACUCGUUCAAUUAUGGAGUUUCCGAUUCUUUGAGCGGCGACCACAAGAGCCAGCACGAGACCCGCGACGGCGAUAAGGUCACCGGCAGCUAUUCCCUCAUCGAUGCCGAUGGCACCAAACGUACCGUCGACUAUGUAGCCGAUGAUGUCAACGGAUUCAACGCCGUCGUCCGCAGAGAACCAGCUGUCGCCGUAGCUACCCCAGUUGUCAAGACCGUCGCUACCGCCGCCGUCCCCGCUGCUACCUAUGGUGCUGCACCAGCUUACGCAUACCAAGCUGCUCCUGUAGCUCAUGCUACUUACUUUGCUCAACCUCACUACUCCCAAAUUUAUGUUUAA